AUGGGGAAGAAGCGGACCCAUGCCGAGACCAAGGAUGGCUUUACCAAGUCGUCUCCGGAUAAGACCCGGGCGGGUGUGAAGAACGACAAACGGGAUCAUCGCAAGAAUGGCGACGCCCAGAAAAUGCGAGCGCAGUUGCUUGUCAAGCCGCAGCCAGAGUGGCAUACAGUCGAGCUGCCCCAGCUCCCCACGGUCGACAACCCCACACUACCGCCCCGUUAUGUCAUCGAUGCGAUUCACGAGUAUGCCGAUCAGCUCCUGGAGGCUGAGGCCACCGAGUAUGCGUCGUCCCACAUGACCAAAGACUCGUCGCACAAGUUCAUGUCGACCGUCAUGAGCUCUGGUACCAUGGAAGACAAGGUUUCUGCGCUGACGCUCUUGGUGCAAGAGUCGCCCCUGCAUACCCAGAAGGCCUUUGGUCAGCUCAUGGGCCUGUCGCAGAAGAAGAGUAGAAACGCUGCAAUGAUGGCGCUGGCUGCGCUGAAGGAUCUGUUGGGUCAAGGCGUUCUGCUCCCACCAGACCGAAAGCUGAAGGCUUUUGCGCGACAACCAGGACUACUGGCGGCACUCCAAGGAAAAGGGGCGCAAUGGAAGUCGGGCGAAAAACUGCCAGGCGACAUCCAGAAGAUCCAUUUAAUCCUCUGGGCUUAUGAGGACUGGCUGAAGAAGCAGUACUUUGAGAUGCUUAAGAUUCUGGAGUCCUGGUCGAACGAUGAGGUCGAAUAUUCGCGAAACCGGGCUGUGACGUUUGUUUGGGAGUUGUUGAAGGAGAAACCCGAACAAGAAGAGAACUUGCUGCGGCUGCUCAUCAACAAACUUGGUGACAAAGAGAAAAAGGUUGCAUCCAGAGCAUCGUACCUGUUGCUGCAGCUCCAGAUCACCCAUCCCCUCAUGAAGAAUGUCAUCAUCAGUUCCAUUGAAUCCGAUCUUCUGUUUCGACCGAACCAGAGUGGUGUCGCCAAGUAUUAUGCCAUUAUUACCCUCAACCAGACUGUUCUCAGUGUAAAGGAGCCGGAGAUCGCGAGUAAACUCAUCGAGAUCUACUUUAGCAUAUUCCUGGGCCUGCUCAAGAAGCAGAGGGAGCAUGAGAAAGAAGAGAAACGCCUGAACAAGCAUGGCCUGAUACAAGGAGGAGGUGGCCAACCUGGAAAGAUGGCGAAACAGAAAGCUGAAAAGGCCGCUACCAUGGCUUUCAAAGUAGAGGACGAGUCUAGGGAAAAGCUCAUUUCGGCUAUCCUUACUGGUGUCAACCGCGCCUUUCCCUUUGCGAAGACAGACGAUGCGAAGUUCGAGCAGCAGCUCAACAUGAUUUUCGAAGUCACACAUUCGUCCAACUUCAACACCAGUAUACAAGCCAUGACCCUCAUCCAGCAGAUCUCUGCUACGAAACACUACUCAGCCGAUCGCUUCUAUCGCACGCUCUACGAAUCUCUUUUGGACCCCCGUCUUAUGACAACAUCGAAGCAUAUAAUGUUUUUGAACCUUCUCUAUCGAUCGAUCAAAGCGGAUACUAACAUCAAGCGCGUCAAGGCCUUCGUCAAGCGCCUGCUUCAAAUCAUUCACAUGCACGAACCUCCAUUCAUCUGCGGUGUCUUGUAUCUGGUAAACGAACUGAUCGCGACUUUUCCGACAAUCAAGACUAUGCUUUCGGUACCAGAGGAUCAUGCUGAGGAUAGUGGCGACGAGCACUACGAUGAUGUCGACGACGAUAAGGUGGGCCAGACGGAAACCGAAGAGAAGAAGUCGAAAAAUUCCGUGUACGACUCUCGCAAACGAGAUCCAGCUCAUGCGCAAGCCGACCUAUCUUGCCUUUGGGAGUUGUUGCCGCUGCAGGCGCAUUACCACCCAUCCGUCCAUGUUUUGGCCUCCAAGAUAGUCGAUCAAACACCUAUCAAGGAGAAGCCUGACCCCACCAUCUACACCCUCAUGAACUUCCUAGACAAGUUUUCUUUCCGCAACGCCAAAACCAAAUCGCAGGCUGUUCAUGGCUCCUCCAUUAUGCAGCCAAUGUCCGGCACUUCGAAAGCCGCCUCUUAUCUCAUCACCGCUCGUGAUGGCGACCGCACGCACGAUCCGCUUAACUCAGAGCAGUUCUGGCGACAAAAGGUCGACGAUGUGCGUGUUGACGAAGUAUUCUUCCACACAUACUUUGAGAAGGCAGGCAAGGCAAAGCAAGCGGACAAGAAGGCGAAGAAGAAGGAUCGUAGAAAGGGCGACAGCGACGAAGACGACGAAAGUGGCGAAGACGAGAUCUGGCAAGCGCUUGUCAAGAGUCGACCGGAUGUGGAGGGCGAUGGAGGUGAUGACGAUGACCUCAGUGACUUCGACAUGGACGAUAUGAGCGAUGACGAGACUGGCGGUAUGGACGGUGGUGUCGAACUCAAUCUCGGCAGCGACGAUGAUGCUGAGGAACCUGCUGAAGGUGCGGACGACGACGACUUUGAAAACUUCGAUCUCGACGAUGAGGACGGUUUUGUGGACUCUGACGCCGAUGUGCCCGUCGACUUGGACAUGAACGACGACACAGACGUGGACGAGGAUAAGAAAGACAGGGACGGCAGAAAAGCCAAGAAGAGGAAACUCAAGAGCCUGCCUACCUUUGCUUCUGCUGAGGACUAUGCUAAGCUCAUUGGCGAUGAUGAUAGCGAGUAG